UUCCCGAACCAGCGAAAGUAGCGGCGACGAACCCCCAUUCAAAGUAAUUCCCAACCCAAUCUUCAAUUCCUUUCGACGAUAUGAUGCAGAGGCCCCGACGACGCUGCGAGGGCACCGCCAUGGGCUCCACCGUUUUCAUUCUCCGGCCUGGCUUCGGUAUCGGACCCUUCACUCUAGGAAUGCCAAUUUGCGAAGCAUUUGCUCAGAUAGAACAAGAGCCAAAUAUUUAUGAUGUUGUCCAUGUCAAAUACUUCGACGAGGAGCCACUUAAACUGGACAUUGUCAUUAGUUUCCCUGACCAUGGUUUUCAUCUACGCUUUGAUCCUGAGUCUCAAAGAUUGCGUCUUAUUGAAAUUUUUGAUGUUAAACGUCUUCAACUGCGCUAUGCCACUUCCCUGAUCGGGGGAACAUCCACAUUAGCUACCUUUGUAGCUGUCUAUAAAAUUUUUGGGCCAACCUUUCCUGGACUAUAUGACAGAGACAGAGGUGUUUAUACUCUAUUUUACCCGGGUCUCUCCUUUGCUUUCCCAAUUCCCAGCCAGUAUACAGACUGUUGCCACGAUGGAGAAGCGGAAUUGCCACUGGAGUUCCCAGAUGGAACCACUCCAGUUACUUGCCGUGUCUCUAUAUAUGACAGUUCCACAAACAAAAAGGUUGGUGUUGGAUCCUUGAUGGAUAAGGCUACUGCUCCGCCAUUACCUGCUGGCAGCCUAUACAUGGAGGAGGUCCAUGUUAAGCUUGGGGAGGAACUAUAUUUUGCUGUUGGAGGCCAGCAUAUUCCGUUUGGUGCAUCACCACAGGAUGUGUGGACUGAAUUGGGUCGUCCUUGUGGAAUCCAUCAAAAACAGGUGGAUCAAAUGGUUAUUCACUCAGCAUCAGAUCCUCGACCCCGAACAACUCUUUGUGGGGAUUAUUUUUACAAUUAUUUCACUCGUGGUUUAGACAUCUUAUUUGAUGGCCAGACCCAUAAAGUCAAGAAGUUUGUUUUGCAUACAAACUAUCCUGGUCAUGCAGAUUUCAAUUCAUACAUAAAGUGCAAUUUUGUCAUCCUAGGUCAGGACGAUGGGGGAUCCUUUUUGGAUGCAAAUGACUAUAAAAACAGGAUUACGCCAAGCACAAAGUGGGAGCAAGUAAAGGAGAUUCUUGGGGAUUGUGGCCAAGCGGCUAUCCAAACACAGGGUUCUACUAGCAAUCCUUUUGGAUCUACUUUUGUCUAUGGCUAUCAGAAUGCUGCUUUUGAGGUGAUGAAGAACGGCUAUAUUGCAACUGUGACUCUUUUCCAAUCAUUGUGAUCUGUCCAAAAUGCUGCUCCUCUGCUUUCUUUUCGUUGGAUUAGCAAGUUUGAUACUUGCUCCUCCGCAAUGAGGAAACUGGUGGGUUUGUACAGUCAAUUGUGGAAGCAUUAACUAAUAUUGUUUGUAGAAAACAUAACAGGGGCGGCUGUGAUAUGUAUACACUUGUAUUCAUCUGUACAGUUCAUUCGUGCUAUAGAAUUCAAUGACCAUGUAUCAAUCUGUAAUUGUUUACCAAAAAUCGCAUCGUCUUGCGCUAAAAGGAUGUUGCCGCAUUUCGUGUUUCUCCUAAAUUGCAUUGUAUAUAUUCGUACUUCAAUUCCUGUCUUUCUUGCGGUCAAACUUAACAGGCUGCUAGGUUCUCAGCCGUAGCAUCAUACCUUAAACUUCACCCUUUGGAACUUUAGC